UAUCCUUUUAUAGGAGCAUGAUGAAUUCUGAUAUAAGCAAAGAUGGGAUCCAAGCUAUUUUGAAGGGAUAAUUCUCUUAAUAUUUUCAAGGACAAAGGAGGUCUGUGGCACUUGCAGUUUUCUUCGAUUAGUUAGAUCACGCUGGACUUCAUAAGGAAGAUUGAAAAUGUCCUUCUGUCCAUGUGCAAGACACAACUCCAUAAUGUGACCUCUGCUGCAUGGCCUGCAUAAGAUACUGAGCUGUUGUUCAUCAAAAUCUUAGGGUUAAGCAAGAACGCAAUAACACAGGUCCUAAAAUUCUGUGGAUGUGGCUGUUUCAGCUAGCAAUGCAAAUAUUAUAGUAACGUACAGCAUCUAGCUGUCUAAAUUUAUAGCAAAUGAUGCAAAGGUCAGAUAAGAUAUGGUAUACCUGGAACUAGUACUGAGUUUAUUAUCUCUGGCCAUUAGUGUGUCUCUUUGAAUGUUUUUAUGGUCAAUGUCUCUUUGAAUUUUGUCUAAAUCUAAGGAGAAAUUUUUAUCAAAGUUUAGAGCUCUACGUCCAGAUUUCCUUUUCACCUUUAUUAAGUGAGCUUUCCCAGACCAUUAAAUCUCAUGGCUUUGGUUACUGACAUGGAGGAUAGAGUCUUAGUGUCUGUGCUGUGAUCAUUGGCUAUAACACUCAUGUUCACUUGCAAAUUUCAAAUUCUGGAUUACACACUCAAUUCUAUGUCGCAAAGCUUAUUCUUUAUUUGUUAUUUUUAGAGUUUGUAGAUAAAUAAUAAAAUUAUCCUUAGCUAGUUUAUAAAUUUUAUGGCUAAUAUUGUAAGUUAUAUUUAUAUUUACCAUGUAGAAUUCUUUUUAAUAACUAGAGUUAUUUUUUCCUUUUUUUCUGGAAUGAAAUAUGUGGAUUCCUGCAAAAUUUAAACAAGCUCCACUCCUGAGUUACCCUACCUUCUCUGAGAUCAAGUCUUAAAAAUGUUCUACAGUUUCAUCAAAGGUUUGCACUGUCACAGUUUUCAGACAUAUCAAAAGAGAGCAUCGGAUCUCCAUUUCAGGUGGUGGUGAGCCAGUCCCUGGUUUCUGGCAACUGAACUCAGGACCUCUGGAAGAAGACAUGAAGAACAUUUCUAAAAUGAGACAAAAGAACUCAAAUGAACAAGAAAAUGGAAAGUUUACUUGUCCUGAAGAUUUAAAUGCUAAUCAAUCUGAAACUGAUGAAAUUACUACACUAAAACAAAAGAUUGAUCUUGCCACAAGAAAGCUAAACCAAGUGUUAUUGAACUAUGAGGGACUUGAAAACAAAUUCCAGUCUCUGCAACAGAACUUCUUAGCUGUGACAGACAUCCAGGAGAAAUGCAAAAUGCCUGAAGAUAGAGAGGAGAAGCUCAAACAGGAAUUAUUAAUCCUUGAAAGUCACAGAUCAAUGAAUAUGAUAGACCGCAGAGAGGCAGAAAUGUUAAAGCAAGAGAUUGAAGAAAAAUCCAGACUGCAACUAGAGGAAAAUUUGAAAAAAAUCUCUGCAAUUUCACAGACAGCUGUCAAAGCUCACGAGCAAUCGGAGCAGAGGAAAGAGAAAGCUUUUACUUUGAAAAUAUUAGACAUGAAAAGCAGACUCAGAGACAUGGAAUCCAGCCUUUGUAGAGCCCAAGAACAUGAAGAUAUUGAAAGAUUCAAGCUGGGCGUAUACCAGCAGUGCUACCAUGACAAGCUAAAUGUUACAGCAGCACUAUAUGAACAAAUAAACAUUGCUAACAAGAGGAAAGUGAAGCUGCAGGAAGACAUUGCCACAACAGUUGCAGAGGAAGAGCUACUUACACACUCACACACUGGGGCAGUGCACAACCCAAAGGAAACUAGUGUUUCAAGUCUUCAUCACCAUGAUGGAUCUGGAUUGAGUAGAAAUGUUACUCCAAGUUUGGGGACAUCACGUCGCCAGCAGAGAGGGAGAGCUUUCAGAAAGAAAGGUCAACGUAGGUUACCAAGUGCUAACAAGAGGAAAGUGAAGCUGCAGGAAGACAUUGCUACAAUAGUUGCAGAGGAAGAGCUACUUACACACUCACACACUGGCGCUGUGCACAUCCAAGAGGAAACUAGUGUUUCAGGUCUUCAUCACCAUGAUGGAUUUGGACUGAGUGGAAAUGUUACUCAAAGUUUGGGGAUAUCACGUCACCAGCAGAGAGGGAGAGCUUUCAGAAAGAAAGGUCAACGUAGGUCACCAAGUGCUAACAAGAGGAAAGUGAAGCUGCAGGAAGACAUUGCUACAAUAGUUGCAGAGGAAGAGCUACUUUCACACUCACACACUGGGGCUGUGCACAUCCAAGAGGAAACUAGUGUUUCAGGUCCUCAUCACCAUGAUGGAUUUGGAAUGAGUGGAAAUGUUACUCCAAGUUUGGGGACAUCACAUUGCCAGCAGAGAGGGAGAGCUUUCAGAAAGAAAGGUCAACAUAGGUUACCAAGUGCUAACAAGAGGAAAGUGAAGCUGCAGAGAGCUUUCAGAAAGACAGAAAGACCAACCUAGCUUUCCAAGCAAGCCCCAAAAUACCAACAACUGCUCCAGUUUGCCUGUAGGUGGAUGAAGAAGUUUUAAGAAGAAAUCCAUAUAUUUAAAUGGUAAUGGACAUAAUCAUCAUUAUGUCAAGUACUAGAAAUAGCUCGCUUUUUACCAGGUUUAGUUCCAUCUGGGGUCAAGGAGUCCUUUUCUGUGGCUUCCAGUUUAUUUUUCUCACCAGCUCCUUGUCAUGUAUAGUGGUUUUGAUAUAAUCAGUCCAAGGAGUGGCACUAUUAGGACCUUUGGCCCUGUGGUGUGGUAUUGCUGGAGGAAGUGUGUCACUGUAGGCAUGGGCUUUGAGACCCUCAUCCCAGCUACCUAAGGAACCAGUCUUCUCCUAGAGACCUUCAGAUGAACAUGUAGAGCUCUCAGUUCCUCCAUGCCUGCCUGGAUGCUGCCAUGUUUGAUCCUUAAUGAUAAUGGACUGAACCUCUGAAGUUGUAAGCAAGCUCCAAUUAAAUGUUGCCCUUAUAAG